AUGAUUCUCACGCCUGAGACCGUUGCUUCGUAUUUGCCGACUCAACCCGACAAUCCGGGGCGAAUCAUCAAUGUCAGUCAUCAAAUCCCAUACAACAUUAUACGCAAACAACCAUUACCUUCACCUCCAUUGUCACCUCCCGGUUCAGUCGAUGUCAAUGACAAUGAUCAUCAGGAGGCACCCAUAAGUAAAAUUUCACGUCGACACAAUCGUGCCCAUACCUUGCGUGCCAAGUUUGAUACAGCUGAUUGGAGACUCGUGCAGCGUCGGGGUCAUGCAGCUCUCUACAGUGGUCUAGCAAGUUUGGGUAAACGAGCUGAAACGAUCCAUAUUGGAUGGACAGGCCAUAUUGAAAACAAUGAAAACGUCGGCAGCAAACAACAACAGCUAUGGGACCAGCAAACUUUGCGAAAGCUCUUGUGGGACACUGGCAAGAUUGUACCCAUUUUUCUGGAUACGACAUCUCGCGGCCAUUAUGAAGGCUACUGCAAGGAAGUGCUGUGGCCACUUUUCCAUUAUGUGAUUUGGCAGAUGGCAACCGAUGGGCGUGCGGAAAAACGACACUGGGAGGAUUACAAAGUUGUCAACCAAAGAUUUGCUGAUACAAUUGUUCAACACUAUCGUCAAGGCGAUGUCAUUUGCAUUCAUGACUAUCACUUGUUGUUGGUACCUGAACUUGUAAGAGAAGCCAUUCCAGAUGCUGUCAUUGGCCUUUUCUUCCAUGCAACUUUCCCCAGCUCCGAGAUCUUUCGAUGUCUCACAACUCGCAAGGAAAUCCUUCAAGGAGUGCUGGGAGCUAAUCUCGUGGGAUUUCAGACAUAUGGUUAUGCGCGCCAUUUUAUCUCAUCAUGCACACGAGUGCUUGGGUGUGAAUCAACGUUAACAGGAGUCAAUUUGAAUGGACAUCACGUAUCCGUUGGUGUAUUCCCUAUUGGCAUUGAUGUUGAACGAGUGCGAGCAUUUUGUGAACAACCCCAUGUGAGGCCAAAAAUGGAAAGCAUUCGUCGUUUGUAUCCUGGCAAGCAUAUCAUUGUUGGUCGGGAUAAGCUUGAUCCAACCAAGGGUAUUGUACAAAAGUUGCGGGCGUUCCAAAAGUUUCUUGAGCUGUAUCCAGAGUAUCGGCAAAAAGUGGUAUUGCUGCAAGUCACUACACCCACCCCACACGCUCACCAUAACCUUGACACUCGAAUUGCUGAAACAGUGAGCCAAAUCAACAGCACGUAUGGAUCACUUGAAUUUGCACCCGUACAUUAUUAUCAACAAGACAUUGAUCGUGACGAGUAUUAUGCCAUGCUAUCAGUAGCCGACGUUGGCCUUAUUACAAGUGUGCGUGAUGGCAUGAAUACGACGUCACUUGAAUACAUUUAUUGCCAACAGCAUCAUCAUGGCCCACUCAUUCUAUCCGAAUUUACUGGUACGGCUGGUAUCCUUGCAAGUGCUGCACUUCAAGUCAACCCUUGGGAUGAGGUUGGUGUAGCCAAAGCGAUCCAUGAAGCGUUGACCAUGUCACCUGAGGAGAAACAAACACGGCACGAGAAACUCUUCCGCCAUGUAACAAAUCACACAGCUGCCUUUUGGGCAAAUUCCUUUGUCACACAACUCAUGAGCACAUCCCAUUCGCCAUCCGCCAAAGAGCUUAUCGUCAAGGAUGUUGCAGCUGCUUAUACCCAAUCCAAGAAAAGACUCUUGCUUUUUGAUUAUGAUGGUACACUAGCACCUAUUGUUAAUGUUCCAGCCGAUGCUAAACCAGCUCCUCGCAUGUUGCAUGCACUCCAAAAGCUGUGUGAUGAUCCUGCCAAUCAAGUAUGGGUUAUCUCUGGUCGUGAUCAAGCUACGCUCGAUAGCUGGUUGGGUGGUAUCAAAGGUCUUGGAUUUAGUGCAGAACAUGGAUGCUAUGUCAAAUGGCCUGGUGCCGCUGCAUGGGAGGAAAGCAUGGGUCUGGAUGAUAUGCGUUGGCGUGAUCAGGUGACUGAAAUCUUUGAUUAUUACACCGAGCGCACACAAGGCAGCUUUAUUGAACACAAACGAGCCUCCAUCACAUGGCAUUAUCGAUUAGCAGACGCAGAAUAUGGCGAAUUCCAAGCCAAAGAGUGUCAAAAUCAUUUGGAAAACAACCUGGUACCCAAGCUGCCUAUUGCUGUGUUGAUUGGAAAAAAGAACAUUGAAGUGCGACCUGUGGAUAUCAACAAAGGGGUUGUCGUUCAACGUAUCCUUUCCGAAAGAUCCGAUGUUGAUCUUGUUAUAUGCGCUGGCGAUGAUAGGACCGAUGAGGAUAUGUUCAGUGUGCUUACGGCUCCAUCCACACCCUCGUCACCUUCUUCACCUUUGGUGCGCCGACGUUCAUUAUCCGUUGCAGCAUUACAGCAUGACUCCUCUGAUCGUUAUUUAAUACCUCCAGGUGCGAAAGCGUAUUGCAUUACGGUUGGCCCCUAUGACAAGAAAUCCUUGGCUGAUCAUCGUGUCGAGACAAGCGAUGAUAUUGUUGCAUUGCUAGAACGUCUCGCUUUAUAA